AUAUCUGUGAGAUGUAUCCGAAUUAUAAUACGAAGUUCUGGCCUGUUCUUCCUCCUGGCUGAUGUGAGCCCAGCAGGCCUCUGGCGGACCUACCACUGAAGCCGGCCCCGCACCCCAGGCCCAGCAUGCGCCUGUCGGUGAGGAGGGCGCUGCUGGCGGCCGGCUGCGCCCUGGGCCUGCUCCUGGCCUUCCAGCUGGGGCAGCAGGUGCUGGAGUGCCGGGCGGUGCUGAAGGGCCCGCAGAGCCGCUGGCCCGCCAUGCGGCCGGAGCACGAGGACCUGGUGAUGGUGGGCACGGACCGCGUGGAGUACCGCUACGGCAAGGCCAUGCCGCUCAUCUUCGUGGGCGGCGUGCCCCGCAGCGGCACCACGCUGAUGCGCGCCAUGCUGGACGCCCACCCCGAGGUGCGCUGCGGCGAGGAGACCCGCAUCAUCCCCCGCGUGCUGGCCAUGCGCCAGGCCUGGUCCAAGUCGGGCCGGGAGAAGCAGCGACUGGACGAGGCGGGCGUGACGGACGAGGUGCUGGACGCCGCCAUGCAGGCCUUCAUCCUGGAGGUGAUCGCCAAGCACGGCGAGCCGGCCCGCGUGCUCUGCAACAAGGACCCCUUCACCCUCAAGUCCUCCGUCUACCUGUCGCGCCUCUUCCCCAACUCCAAGUUCCUGCUGAUGGUGCGCGACGGCCGCGCCUCCGUGCACUCCAUGAUCACCCGCAAGGUCACCAUCGCCGGCUUCGACCUCAGCAGCUACCGCGACUGCCUGACCAAGUGGAACAAGGCCAUCGAGGUGAUGUACGCGCAGUGCCUGGAGGUGGGCCGCCACAAGUGCCUGCCCGUGUACUACGAGCAGCUGGUGCUGCACCCCCGGCGCUCCCUCCAGCUCAUCCUGGACUUCCUGGGCAUUGCCUGGAGCGACUCCGUCCUGCACCACGAGGACCUCAUCGGCAAGCCCGGCGGCGUCUCCCUGUCCAAGAUCGAGCGAUCCACCGACCAGGUCAUCAAGCCCGUGAACCUGGAAGCCCUGUCCAAGUGGACCGGGCACAUUCCCGGGGACGUGGUGAGGGACAUGGCCCAGAUCGCCCCCAUGCUGGCUCGGCUCGGCUACGACCCCUACGCAAACCCUCCCAACUACGGCAACCCGGACCCCAUCGUCAUCAACAACACGCACCGGGUCUUGAGAGGGGACUAUAAAACACCAGCCAAUCUGAAAGGACAUUUUCAGGUGAACCCGAACAGCACCGCCUCCCACGUGGGAAGCUCGUGAUUUCCAGCAGUCGCUGCUGUUUGCUCUUCGUACAUGAGAAGGGCGUCUGAGGUCGGGGUGCAGGCUGCGAUGCGGGGAGCCUCCCGUCUCCUGCGGGCGCUGCAGCCGCGCGCUCUGCUGUCACCCCUGCGAAGGGGACCGGCCUGGGCUCACGCGGCCCCCCUGCUUUCAGGUCUCCGCAGUGGCUGUCGCCAGGAAGGGGAGAAGCUGCCUCCAGCGGAAAUCGGACUCUAAUCCAAGCAUAUUGCUUGCUAUAACCGGCACAGGGCCUGCUGCCGAGGGGUGACUUGCAUAUGUUUGCAAAGCCGGGCCAUUGGAAACUUUCUGUGAAACGCUGCCUUCGGACCCUCCGGGAUGGAGGGCGGGAGUGCGGACACCGUCCAGCUUUGGAAACUUGGUUUUUAUAUUUUCCCGCGAGAACUUUUUCUAAGAAGUGGCCUUGCCGCCUGGCUCCUGUGCAGGGCCCUGGGCGGCGCUGCCGGCUGGGACCAGGCCACCCCGUGCCUCUCCUAGGCCCUAUUUUUGAAUUCAAAGAAUCUAUUUAAAAAUUUAAUAUAUGAGGCUUUCUUUCAUUCCUCCCCAGCCCUUAAAUGGACACAGAAAAUAGAUCUAUUAUUUGAAUAAAGUGAUCAGGGACUCGUU